GCUAUUCAUGUUGUGAGCUUUGACUAGCCGCCAGUUGGGCCUUUCACUAAUGCUACAGAGAAAAGAGGGGGACGGAAAGCUUUGGGAAUGACGAGAGAUUCCAGAUAUGGAAGGCACAAGAAAAAGACAACUUUCCUGUUCCAAAAUUGCCCACCAACCCGUCACAUUCACCACAUGAUUCCCAUGUUCUGACAUCCAUUUUCACUCAUGACAUCAUCCCAACUGAAGCUGGUUAAAAUGAGGAAGAAACAGGGGAAGCUGACGGUAGCAGAGUUAUAUGUAUUCCGAUUUCCGAGAGAAAGAAUUGGGGAAAACCGGAAAAGAUCGACGAAUUGACGAAAAUGGCUGCUACGGGAAGAGUAUUUGGACUGAGGAGCAACAUUCCGAUCAGUUCUGACGAUGUGUCAUUGAGGAAUAGCCCAUUUAGGAGGCCAACUAGUAUCAGCUAUUGCUCCGACGACAAUGGGAAUUCGGCCCCAAGAAGAAAGCGAUUGCUAGCUUGCGCUGCUUCCAAGGAUGUUCAGUAUCGAAUUAAAGAAGAGGGUCAGGUUGAAAAUCAUGAUUACAGAGUCUUCUUGCUUGACAGUUCCGGCAAAAAGAUUUCACCUUGGCAUGACAUACCGCUGCAGUUGGAUGACGGGGUGUUCAAUUUUGUUGUUGAGAUUCCCAAAGACACAAACUUGCGAAUGGAAGUUGCCACCGAUGAGCAAUUUACUCCAAUCAAACAAGAUGAAAGAGGGGGGAGACUUAGAUGCAAUCUGAGCUGGAAUUAUGGAUUGCUUCCUCAAACAUGGGAAGAUCCUUCAUCAGCAAACCUGGAAGUUGAGGGAGCAUUCGGAGACAAUGAUCCCGUUGAUGUUAUUGAGAUUGGGGACUCACCAGCCAACAUUGGUGACGUUUUGAAAGUCAAACCACUAGCUGCUCUUGCAUUAAUUGAUGAAGGAAAACUUGAUUGGAAAAUAAUAGCAAUUUCCUUGAAGGAUGUGAGAGAAACUCUUGUAAAUGAUGUUGACGACGUGGAAAAAUUCUUUCCGGGCGCUCUAACAUCCAUCAGUUCUUUCUUUAGAGAUUAUAAGAUGAUCUAUGGUGGAGUGCGCGGCAACAAGUAUGGUCUGGGAAACAAGCCGCUAAACAAGGAUUAUGCGCUUAAGGUUAUUCGAGAAAGCAAUGAGGCUUGGAGUAAACUUUCUAAAAGGUCUAGCUGAGCUAGCUCUGAGACUUCUUGAGUGUAAACACAGUUUAUGAUGCUCGAGCUGCUGAUAUACAAAAUUAUGCCAAAUUAUGAUUGAGUAUUGAUGUACUGAGAUAAGAGAAAGAACUAUGAGUAUUGAAUAUUGCAGCCGAAAUUUCCUUUCAAGUUUGCUAACUUCUUCCCCCCCAGAUGUGAAAUGACAUAAUUUAUUUUUAUUUUGAUGGGCUAACAAAUUUAAUUUAAUAUAAUAGUAAUAUUAAGAUAUUAAUUUGAUACCUCACGUACAAAUUCGUUUCACCUAUUAGUUUUUGUUUUUGAGGAAUUAAUUCACGUGCAGAGUAUUGCCAAGCAUGAUUUUUUUUUUUAUUCAAACUCUUUCCCUCCAAAUUUGACAUUGUGCACUCAUAUUGCUUUUAAUUAACAAAGUUGGUAGUUAGAAUCGUCUGCUUAAAAUCACAGAGGCAAGUAGCAGAGUCAAUAUAUAGUGGUAAAAACAGUAGGGAAAACUCAAUAACGAAGAUUGAUGAAAAUGGCUGCUUCGGGAAGAGGAUUUGGACUAAUGAGGAGCAACAUUAUGAUCAGGUCCAACUCUGUAUCAUUCUGUGGUCCUCCAACUAGUCUAAGUUUUUGCUUAGACAAGAAUGGCUAUUUGUUUCAAAGAAAUAAGAGGUUAUUAACUUGCUGUGCUUUUAGCACUGGUCGGUAUCGGAUUAAAGAAGAAGGUCAGGUCGAAAACUAUGAUUAUAAAGUCUUCUUGCUUGACCAUUCUGGCAAAAAGGUACCUCAAAAUUCAUCAAAUAGCAUAUGAUUCUAUCCCACUUAACUUUAAUUUUCUGACAAAACCUUGUGGAGCAUCUUGUGUGUUUUUGAUUGUGCAGAUUUCACCUUGGCAUGACGUACCACUGCAGUUGGGGUGAUGGGGUGUUCAAUUUCGUCGUCCAGGUUCAGAAAGACACAAACUUGAGAAUGGAAAUGGCUUCUGACGAACCAUUCAUCCCAAUCAAACAAGAGAAAAGAGGGGGAAUAGUUGGGUAAUACUAAUAUCUCUUUCCACGUUACAUCAGGACGUUUUUUACUACUACUAUUUGAAUUAUUAUGAUUAUUAUUUUUUCUUUUUUGCUGGCACUUCCCAGAUUUUGAAACUAGGUGGUUUUGUUGCAUCUUUUCUUUGGUGGACUAUGAACUGGAAUUAUGGAUUGUUUCCCCAAACGGGGACAGAUCCUUUAUCCACCAACGAGGAAGUUGAGGGCGCCUUUGGAGAUGAUGAUCCCAGUAAACACACCUAUCAUGAUAUAAUACUCGUUCCGUCCCAUUUUAAUAGUUCAUUUUGUUGAAUUAUACACCGUCCUUAUUAUUAUAAGAUAUUUUGAUUUAUUCU